AUGCCUAAUCCUGCCGGCGCGCUUCUACGGGCAUUUGACAACCCGCAAUGGCAGUGGCUGUUGAGAUAUUUGGUAGUUGGAUUUGCGAUUUGCAUUGCAGCCUCUGUGGGUCUCGGGGGUUACUCCGGUAUGGGGGUUCCGCCCAUGUACGGUGAUUUCGAGGCGCAACGACAUUGGCUUGAAAUUACGCAGCAUUUGCCGCCCAAGCAGUGGUAUUUCUACGACCUGCAGUGGUGGGGACUCGAUUAUCCUCCACUAACUGCCUACCACUCGUGGGUUCUUGGCAAAGUUGGGUCCUGGAUCAACCCGGAAUGGUUUGCAUUGGACUCUUCAAGGGGCUACGAAAGCGCAGCCCUGAAAGCAUUUAUGCGGCAGACAGUGCUCGCUUCAGAGGCUCUAACCUAUCUUCCAGCAGUCUUUUUUUAUUCUUUACAAGCCAGGGAGCUUUUUGAUCUGCCUGUGCUUGACUGGGCCCUCCAGCUGGGCACAGUGCUACUGCAGCCUACCUUGUUGUUGGUCGACAAUGGACAUUUCCAGUACAAUUCUGUGAUGCUUGGACUUUUUGUGUUCAGUCUUUACUUUUUAGGCUCAAAACACCUUGUGCCAGCCUCGAUUUGCUUUGUGUCUGCAAUGUUUUUCAAGCAAAUGGCUCUUUACUAUUCACCGGUUAUCUUUUUCGCAAUCCUUGGCUGCACCACGUCAAUUAGGCCGCUGAAUAUCAAAUUCGGCUCACUUGUUGCAGUAGGAACCACAGUCAUUGUAACCUGUCUGCUGCUUCUGUGCCCAUUCUUGCAGAAAGACCUGCUAGCUCAGCUAGUCAUUCGCGUCUUUCCCUUCUCCAGAGGCCUAUGGGAGGACAAAGUGGCAAGUUUAUGGUGUACCGCCAACACAUUCAUCAAAUUCAAAGUGCUGUUUUCCGAUGCUCAAUUGCGACAGUUUGCGUUGAUAGCUACACUGGUUGGUAUGUCACCUUCCUGUAUCCAAGCAUACCGUCGUCCUACUAAAACGGUUCUACCGUGGUGCUUUGCCUCUUGUUCCUGGGCUUUCUUCUUAUUCUCCUUCCAUGUCCAUGAAAAGAAUGUGCUGCUGCCAUUGAUGCCUACGACAUUGCUGUUUUUCACCAGCGAUCAAACCACCCGCGCAAUGGUCGCCUGGAUCAACAACGUUGCCUACUUCUCCAUGUGGCCGCUCCUGAAACGCGAUGGACUGGCCUGGCAGUACUGUAUUGUGGUGAUCUUGUGGAACUAUCUCUUUGGGCUGUGGAAAGCCCAGCCCACUCGCAUAUUUCACCAACUCGUCGUGGCCGGCUCGUACGCGGCCAUCGGACUUGUGUGCAUCACUGAAAAAUUUGGCCUCAUGCCAAUGCUCGACAAGUACCCGGACCUUUGGACUGUGGCUAAUAUUACUAUCAGCUUUGCAUGCUUUGUUUACUUCUGGCUCUGGCAAACUGUGGCCAUGCUCUUGACUAAAUAA